AUGUCCUCCAUCAACCGUCGCGCCACAGACUCGCUCGACCUCUCUUUGGCAGAGGAUUCGAGUCCGGUCGACUCCCCGGUUGGGUUCUGUAACCCAGACGCGCUCAACGACGAGGCCAAAAGCCUCGCUUACAUCAAUGGAUCCAAACGCAAGCCCAGAGGUGUGACGAGCCGCGAGGCGCUCUCCGGCGGCGAAGCAGGCGUUACCGCCGCGGAACCUACCACCGUUGGCCCGGGGCAGGCCAGAAAUGAGUCGAGCGGUGACGCGAACACUCACAACGGCUGCUUACCUCCACCUUCGUCCCUGUCCAGAGCGCUCGCUUUGGUCAAGGAACUUGUUUGCAAGUUACACGCGUAG